AUGACAGAAGAAAUUCUUGAUUGGUGCAAAGAGCAAGGCUACCCUGUCAAGGCUUCCAAUUUUAGUCACGAUCGCAUCUGUGAGAUGGCUCCCAGCGCGUUGAAAGGCAUCGCACCUAUCCACCAAGCUAUCAAGACAAACGACAUGGCUGUGUUGGAGAAGAUGUUAUCACACGAUUGCAACAUUGAGGUCCGCUUGGAAGAUGGCAGCCAGGACCUAACGCCCUUCCUCCUGGCAUGUUCUGAGCUAAACGCCCAUGCAGUCAACCUUCUUCUUGCCAAGGGUGCCAAAUCUGACGCGACGGACCGUACGGGUAAGACAGGUCUUCACUUGUGCCAGAGUUCAAAAUUCGAAGGAAGACCCGUUGCAAAGCUUCUUCUCAAAGAUCCUAGGGCCAUGGCCCUGGAUGUCGAUGCUCAUGACCAGUUUGGCAUGACAGCGGCACACAUAGCCGCUCGAGUUGGAGAUGUGAGAAUGCUGGAGUACCUCUUGCUCGAUCAACAUGGCAAAAGGGUUGCCAACGCAAACGCACAGCAACAAGAUGGGUCAACGCCACUUAUGGUCGCCCUGAAAUCCAACAUCUCCAACAAGAAACAAGUUGUUGAUGUGCUAUUGAGAUAUAGCGACUUGAGCGUCAAGAACAAGAACGGCGAAGAUGCUAAGAAAUUGGCGCCAAGGGAGAUUCGCAGGCAUCUGGACAACAAAAGGCCUCGGAGGAUAAGUGAAUCUACGACGGUUGUCUCGGGGACAUCGGUAGAAACGAGCGAGGAAUCCUGCAGUGGCUGUAAGCGGCAUUGUCCCCAAUUGAAGGACUGCAAGCUGGCUCUCGCGGAGUCGGUGUUUUCGCCGGCUCGGAAAAGGCCGCUGAGAAAGUAUUCGGAUGAUCUGUCUAGCAUGGCAGUGGGGAGUAGCUCAAGCAUACUCCAGGCUUGA